AUGGAUUCUAAGAGCAAAAAUAAAAAAGAUCAACCUUUCGCUGCCGCACUCCUCGCCCGCGCUCACGAACCCAUUGAAGCAAAUCGCAUCUACACUGAAAAAGUCCAGCAACGGCCACUCUUCCUCACUCCCUCGUCCCCUCCGCCCUCCGAUGCCCGCAUCGCCCGUCGCCGCGCUCGUGAGAAGCAGAAACAGCAGCGCCGUAAAGCACUCAAGCCAAAGCCUCUCUCGGCUACCCAACGCCGGAAACUUGGUCUGUACGACGUGCCCCGAGAGGCCCAGAAAUAUGCGCUGUACGAGCCGCUCCAUCGCCUUUGGCUGGGCUACAUCCGCGAGCUCCUUGGCAGCGAGAUAUACACUGGUGGUGAGGGCGCUGCAGCAAAGCUGGCUAGCGCCGACUUUCACGGCGCUGGGGUCGAAGUAGUGCGCAGCGGCUGCGUGAGUCGCGUUGGAAUCAAGGGUAUUGUGGUGAAGGAUUCGAAGUUUGCCUUCGAGAUCAUCACUCCCAAAAACAAGCUGAAAUUGGUUCCUAAGGAGGGUACAGUAUUUCGAUUUGAGGUGCCAGUCCCAAUCCAGAAGCAGGUUGAAGCUGCCGGAGAAGAGCAACCGGAAGCGAAAGACGGAAAACAGCCCCAGCAAGAUUCAAAGAUGAUCUUUGAGGUACACGGCGAACAAUUUCAGUUCCGAUCAGCAGACCGGGCAUCACGAAAGUUUAGGUCGCACUUUUCCAAGAUCCUCUGA